GCGCCACAUCGCGGGGGAGGCAGAGGAGGAGUCGGGAGGCCAGGACGGGGAGGGUCACGGCGGUGCGGCUGUCGUGGAGUGCGCGGAGGUCCCGCAGCAGGAGUUGGCGUCGGAUUUCCCGAUCCCGCCCCUCGUGAGGGCGCAGAACGCGGAGGUCUUCAUCAAGACGGAGCAGGUGGCAGCUGCUCGGAGGGCCAGUUCGAGCCUGGUGAGCGGGAUCAUCGUGGAGGUGAACUGGUCCAUCGAGGAGGCGAGCUGGGCCAUCGUGCAGGUGAGCUGGGUCUUCACGGCGAUGAGCUGGAUCAUCGUGGAGGUGAACUGGUCCAACGUGGAGGCGGGCUGGGUCAUCGUGCAGGUGAGCGGGGUCAUCACGCUGGUGAGCUGGAUCCUCGUGGAGGACUGGUCCAACGUGGAGGAAUACGGUGAGCUGGGUCAUCACGCCGGUGAGCUGGAGCAGAUGGGAGACAACAGAGUGCGAAGCGCGCUCGAAAUUUUGGCAGACCUCUUGGAUACGAUCGCGAACAACAGCGACGAUCAAGAGUUCGUGGGCAAGUUGACGGUGGAGGUCACUUCCUGGGUCAAGACGUGUGCGAAGCUCGGCGUCGACCUCGGAGACCUCAAGGAGAAGUUCGAGGGUCUGGACGUGGUGCAGUACUCG